CUGGACCGUCCAUCUGGCGGCUCAUUACACUGCCUAGGUUUGCUCGAUCAGCGAUGGGAUUGAUUGAAGCGCUCUCACGGACGAAUCGCCUUGCUACUUUCGUUGUCCCGGCUCUAAAAGAUCAAGAAAUGCGCGUCGUUUGAGCUUCCUCUUCGAUCGACGAGGAAUCGAAGAGAAUGAGCAGCGAUCGUCGACGCUCUUCUUACAUCUGGUGGUACGAUAAGAGCUUGAAUUUCUUCCGUGACCGCAGCGCCAAGCAAGAACUGACGACUCGAUCAUCCAAAACUCUCACGGACUUGGAUUGCUGCUCGGUUUGCCAGGAGCAAUUCACUCUUCCUUGUCAAGCGAAUUGCACACACUGGUUCUGUGGAGAAUGUAUUCUCAGAGUGUGGGAGUAUGGAUCAGCGUUACUCCCUUGUAAAUGUCCCAUUUGUCGACAACCAAUCACUCACUUGUGGCCUAGCGAAUUUUCUACGACUGAAGAGGCUACGAAUUUCAUGCCACUGCUCACUGACAUCGCGACUUACAAUCUUAACUUCGAUAGCCGAGUGAUCACCAUUCUGCGACGCUGGCUACACUGGGUGAUCUUCCAGCUGAAAUUCCCCGACACAGAGGUUCGGUGUCUCCACGUUCUUCACUUCCUUUUUCUCCUGGUUCUCGCUCUUUACGUCGUUUGCACGCUCAAUCUCAUACUCGAAGGUAAGCUGGCUAUUCGGGUACGUUUGUAAGAGCGCUCCAGGUUCAGUGACAGAUGGAGAUCUUUACAAGCUCGUUCAAGCUCUCCAGGCUUUGUAAAUACUUCUCCGAGGCAAACUAAAGUAGGAUCCUUUUCGAUCGGCUUCGAGGGUUUGGACAGACAGUGAAGAAAGAGUUCAUGGAACUUAAUGCGGCACACAGAUGGGUCGCGGGUUUCAACGUUGCCGAGAGAAAAUCCGGACUGCGUGUGCUGUGUUCUACCAGGAGUCUUCCCAGACUACCGAUAAUGAGGGGCCGGAAGCUGGGAAGAGAGGCAAUUCUCACUGUACAGAGCUUGAAGAGAGCCAAAGGUGUCCGGGAGGAGAUGGAACAAGUGCUCAAGUCUCAGGUGUCUCGGCUUCUCAAGACUGACAUGCUCGAAGUUCUGCGGGAGCUACACAGGCAAAAUGACUGUGUUCUAGCUUACGAGGUUUUCAAGCUCAUACGAAAGGAAAUGUGGUACAAGCCCGACUCGCAGCUCUACUCCAGCAUGAUGAGCUUGAUGGGAAUGAACGCUCGACUUCGCGACGUAGAGGUACUGUUUCAGGAGCUCCAGGGAGAAAUGCUGCCGGAUGGGCUGGUUUACACUGAGCUCAUGACGGCUUACUUGAGAUGCGAGAGACCAAACGAUGCGAUCGACACAUUCCAGGAGAUGAAGCAACUGGGGCUCACGGUGGAGCUCAAAACUUUCACCACUCUGGCCAAAUGGUUGGAGAAAAAAGGCCUUGGCGAGGAAGCUAGCGCUGUGAGAGCCGAAUGCGAGGAGAAGUAUCCAAGACGAAGAAGAAAGAAUGAAGAAGAACAAGGCAAAAAACCAAGCUCGGGACAAAGCUAACGAGAAUUUUAAUCCCAGAGAUAUGCGUGGGUAUAUUCUUCUCUCUAUCUGGGCUUAGGGUUUUAGGGGCGCUAGAGAAUGCAGCGCUCGAGGCGCGUUGCGCAGCAGGGAUUUAAGGCGCUGUCUGGAUUUCGAGUCUUUAAGGAGGAUUCUUCGUCGUUGUGGCAUUGGCAGCAGCGCCGCGGAUUGAAGAUCGAUGGAUUGGAGGUGAGAGUCGGGCAGAUUUUGGAGCGCAAAGGGCGCCUUGUGCAGGUUAUAAAGAUUGCUCAUGCUCAUGGAGGCCGUGGUGGAGCUACAAUUCCGAUCGAGUACAAGGAUCUGAUCAGCGGGAUCAAGUCAACUGAGCGUUUGCGAACCUCAGAAUCGGUGGAAAGAGUGGCUGUCGAUUCGAAAACCUUUACAUAUCUGUACGACGAGGGACAAAUGGCGAUUUUGAUGGAUCCAAAAACGUUCGACCAGGUUACAGUGGACAAAGAGCUCUUUGGAACUGGAGCUUCAUAUCUUUCAGAUGGAAUGUCUGUGACGGUGCAAAUGCACGAGGGUAAACCAGUGACUGCUUCGGUACCAGUUUCUCUGACAUGCAAAGUGGUCGAAGCUGAGCCUUUUAUGAAAGGCCAGACCCAAGCUGCAGCGUACAAGCACAUCACGCUAGAAAAUGGCAAAAUAAUCAUGGCCCCUUGCUUCAUCGUUAGUGGAGACCAGAUAGUUGUCAACACAGUGGAAGACACUUACGUGACAAGAGCUUCCAAAGAAUAACAAACAUGACUCUCUUCCAAAGAAGAGUAAUCUCGGGGAGUUUAAAGAGCAUCAAACAAAAGCUUCCCUGGCUUUUAAGGAUUUCUAGAGGGCGAGACUUCUUCUCUGGCCGGUGUGAAGAGACCGGGGAGGGGACCAUUUCAAGCCAGAUCUAUUUCACGUGGUAUCCGACGGAAUAACUUGUGCCAAUGGUUCUCCGUC